GCGGGGGCGCGGAGGCCCGGCGGGCCAUGGAGGAGGACCGGGGGUCGGCGCCCGCGGCGGCGUCGGCGCUGGAGAAGAACGUGGCGGAGCUGACCGUCAUGGACGUGUACGACAUCGCGGCGCUCGUGGGCCACGAGUUCGAGCGGGUCAUCGACCAGCACGGCUGCGAGGCCAUCGCGCGCCUCAUGCCCAAGGUCGUGCGCGUCCUGGAGAUCCUGGAGGUGCUGGUCAGCCGCCACCACGUCGCGCCCGAGCUGGACGAGCUGCGCCUGGAGCUGGACCGCCUGCGCGUGGAGAGGAUGGACCGCAUCGAGAAGGAGCGCGAGCACCGGAAGGAGCUGGAGCUGGUGGAGGACGUGUGGCGGGGGGAAGCCCAGGACCUCCUCUCCCAGAUCGCCCAGCUGCAGGAGGAGAACAAACAGCUCAUGACCAACCUCUCCCACAAGGACGUCAGCUUCUCCGAGGAGGAGUUCCAGAAGCACGAAGGCAUGUCGGAGCGAGAGCGCCAGGUGAUGAAGAAGCUUAAGGAGGUGGUGGACAAACAGCGUGACGAGAUUCGAGCCAAAGACCGGGAGCUGGGCCUGAAAAAUGAGGAUGUUGAGGCUCUGCAACAGCAGCAGACUCGGUUAAUGAAGAUCAACCACGACCUUCGCCACCGCAUCACAGUGGUGGAGGCCCAGGGGAAGUCUCUGAUUGAACAGAAGGUAGAACUGGAGGCAGAUCUGCAAACCAAGGAGCAGGAGAUGGGCAGCCUGCGAGCGGAGCUCGGGAAGCUGCGAGAGAGGCUGCAGGGUGAGCUCAGCCAGAAUGGAGAGAAGGAGCCAGAGGUGGAGCCGGGCGGAGACGAGGGUGUCUCCGAGGCGGAGAAGGCGGCCAUGGACCUCAAGGACCCCAACCGCCCCCGGUUCACACUGCAGGAGCUGCGGGACGUGCUACAUGAGAGGAACGAGCUCAAGUCCAAGGUGUUUCUGCUGCAGGAGGAGCUGGCCUACUACAAGAGUGAGGAAAUGGAAGAGGAAAACCGAAUACCCCAACCUCCACCCGUCGUGCACCCGAGAAUGUCCCCCCAGCCAGAGUCCGGGAUCAAGCGGCUCUUUAGCUUCUUCUCCCGAGACAAGAAGCGCCUGGCCAACACGCAGAGAAACGUGCACAUCCAGGAGACCUUCGGCCAGUGGGCAAACUCCCACCGCGACGACGGCUACACGGAGCAAGGACAGGAAGCACUGCAGCACCUGUGACCGGGCCCACCGCCGCCCCCAGCCUGGACCGUCCGCCGAGCACCUGGCCCCCCAGGUGCCACCACCGUGGACACUGCUCGGUGCAGAUGCACCCUCAAAACUGAUCCCUCAAACAAACUGUCUGCUUUGAGGAAGCACAUUGAAAAACGGAUGCCAAACGCGAAAGAAAUGUUUAUUUAUACCCAGGGCUCCCCCGUUUAUAAUAGACAAUGCCAAUCCCUUAGGAUAUAUGUUUAAUAGACCAUGGACUGAGGCAGGACUUUUGCAUUAACCUGAGUGACACAGUAACUUCUUUAAGCCAAAUACAUCACUUGCCACUGCAACUGCUGUUUGAUUUGCUUCGUGUGAACUUCUCCGCGUAGAGCUUUUAUGAUGGUGCUGGUCACAAGCGCAAGCAGGGCCAACUUUGCAUGAGUUGUGUCCCUAGGGGGUGGAUGGAUUAGGUUAGACAAGUAGGGUCUGCCAAGACACAGGACCUGCUGGACUAGCUCAGACAGACAGAUGGCAAAAGGAAACACGGACAACAGCAUUUCCACCCACAAACUAAAGACAGCUGUUCAAGAGCCCCCCAUUGUGGACCGCACCUCGUUACCAUUAAUGCCUAGAGCAUGUCCAAUGUUCAAGGCCAGUGCCUUGCAAUCUGCUGUGAGUUGCGCAGUACUAACCAAACAAAGUUGCUAAGGAUGAGACAUUGUUGCUCUGUUUCUCUUGUGGACUUUUUUCUUGGCAUCCUUUUUCCUUCUAGCAUUCACUGUACCAAUAGGUAGCCCCCUGCCAAGAAGAUUACAAAUACCCUAAAACAGAUUGGGAAUGGGUGCCCCCCAAGGGGAUGUGGGAUGG